AUGGUGUCAUUUCUGCACUUGCUUCUAGCUCUUCCUCUGUUGGUAUGGAUCCUUUUGCAGUUAUACAAAACCAUUAAGAACCCAUCAACCCGUCCACCAGGUCCAAAAGGCCUUCCCAUCAUUGGCAAUCUUCAUCAACUUGAUAGUUCAAAUCUCCAUUUUCAACUAUGGAAGCUCUCAAAGAUCUAUGGUUCCCUUUUUUCCUUGCAAAUUGGCUUUAAGCAAGCCAUUGUUAUUUCCACACCUAAACUAGCAAAAGAGGUCCUCAAAGACCAUGAUCAUGAUGUAUGUAGUAGACCUCCCUCCACUGGCCCACAAAAAUUGUCUUACAAUGGUUUAGAGAUGAUAUUUUCCCCUUAUAAUGAAUGCUGGAGAGAAAUCAGGAAAAUUUGUGUAGUCCAUUUCUUCAGCUCCAAACGGAUCUCUAGCUUUUCCCAUGUAAGAAAAUUUGAGGUCAAGCAAAUGAUCAAAAAGAUAUCUGGACAUGUUAAUUCUUCCAAAGUUACGAACUUGAGUGAGAUCAUAAUGUCUGCGUCAAGUGCCACAAUCUGUAGGAUGGCUUUUGGGAGAAAAUAUGAAGAGGAAGGAGCAGAAAGAAGCAAGUUCCAUGGGCUGCUUAAUGAGUCACAGGCCAUGUUCCUUUCCUUCUUUGUUUCAGAUUAUAUUCCUUUCAUGGGGUGGAUUGAUAAACUCACUGGGUUAUUUUCUCGUCUUGAAAACACUUACAAGGCAUUGGAUGUGUUUUUCCAACAAGUCAUUGAAGAGCACCUUAAUCCUAAUAGGCAGAAAGAAACCCAAGACGAGGAUGAUAUAGUUGAUGUGUUACUUCAGCUAAAGAACCAGGGUCGCCUGUCUAUUGACCUCACCAAUGAUCACAUCAAAGCUGUCAUCAUGGACAUACUUGUAGCAGCAACUGAUACUAGUGCAGCCACGUCAGUUUGGGUAAUGACUGGAUUGAUGAAGAACCCAAGAGUGAUGAAAAAAGCUCAAGAGGAAGUUAGGAGUCUCUAUGGCAGCAAGAAAGAGUUUAUAGAUGAAGAUGAUAUUCAAAAGCUUGAAUAUCUGAAGGCAGUGAUAAAAGAGACACUGAGGUUUUAUGCACCAGCACCACUAGUACCAAGAGAAACCAAUAAAAGUUUCAUUAUAGAUGGGUAUGAAAUACAACCCAAGACAUUAGUGUAUGUGAAUGUUUGGGCCAUUCAGAGGGACCCUCAAGCUUGGAAAGACCCUGAAGAGUUUUACCCUGAGAGAUUCUUAAACAAUGAUAUUGAUUUUAAGGGACAACAUUUUGAGCUAAUUCCAUUCGGUGCAGGGCGUAGAAUUUGCCCAGGCAUACCAUUGGGAAUUGCCACAGUUGAGCUUAUAACUGCAAACCUUCUUAAUUUAUUUGAUUGGGAAAUGCCUGCCGGGUUGAACAGGGAAGACAUAGACACUGAUGGGCUUCCAGGACUUGCCCGACACAAGAAGAAUCAUCUUUGCCUUGUUGCCAAGAACUAUAUGUGA